CCGCGGGCUCUCGUCGCUGUUCACCGUUGUCCCCUGCUUGUCGUGCCACACGGCGGCGCCGAGCAUGAGCGCUUCCACGCCCGGCUCCGGGCCGGAGCCCAAGUCUCAGCCAGUGCCCGAGCCUGAGCCGGAGAGGGUGUCAGAACAGGUGUCUGAGCCAGUUUCUGCGCUGGUGCCAGGAUCCGAGCCUGAGUCCGAGAAGACGUCCGCGCCAAGACAGGGCUUCAAACAGGGAUCGGAACUGCUGCCGGGGUUGGGGCCGGGGUCAGGGCCCCGGCUAGAGAUUGGCUCAAGUGUAGGGGCUGGGUGCUUCACCAAGGCCUCAUCCGAACAGCCACCAGCGCUGGGACCAGUGGUGGGGAGAGUGCCCUUGAGCAAACUCGAGUCAGGGUCGCAGCCCGUGUCAAAGACCCCGCCUCUUCUGCGACCAGGACAGGAAAAGAUGGCUUUGGGGGUUCCAACGUCAGGGUCAGCUAUGACCUCCACCGCCCCAGUGGCCUUGCUGCCUCUGGACAGCUUCAAGGGCUGGCUCCUUAAGUGGACCAACUACCUGAAGGGCUAUCAGCGCCGCUGGUUCGUGCUCAGCAACGGCCUACUGUCUUACUACAGAAAUCAGGGUGAAAUGGCUCACACCUGCCGUGGCACCAUCAACCUAUCCACCUCGCACUUUGAAACAGAGGAUUCUUGCAGUAUCGUGCUGACCAGUGGCGCAAGGACCUACCAUCUCAAGGCCAGCUCGGAGGUGGAGCGGCAGCAGUGGAUCACCGCCCUGGAGCUGGCCAAGGCCAAGGCUGUCCGCAUGAUGAACAGCCAUUCAGAUGACUCUGGGGACGACGACGACGAGACUACCUCCCCAGCUGACAAGAACGAACUCCACAACACCAUCCGAAGCCUCUCCUUGAAGUUAGGUGACCUCAGCACAUGCAAUGACCUCAUCACCAAGCAUGGCGCCGCACUCCAGCGCUCCCUGAACGAGCUGGACGGCCUCAGGAUCCCGUACGAGAGCAGUGAGAAACUGAAGGCUGUGAACGAACGGGCCACCCUCUUCCGCAUCACAUCAAAUGCUAUGAUCAACGCCUGCAGGGACUUCCUGGAACUAGCGGAGACACACAGCCGGAAAUGGCAGCGUGCGCUGCAGUAUGAGCAAGAGCAGCGCGUCCACCUGGAGGAGACCAUUGAGCAGCUGGCCAAGCAGCACAACAGCCUUGAGCGGGCCUUCCGCAGCGCCCCUGGCCGGGCCGCCAACCCCUCCAAGAGCUUCAGCGAGGGAAGCCUCUUGACUCCCAAAGGAGAGGACAGUGAGGAAGAUGAGGAUACCGAGUACUUCGACGCCAUGGAAGAUUCCACAUCCUUCAUCACUGUGAUCACGGAAGCCAAGGAGGACAGAAAAGCUGAGGGUGGGACAACAGGCUCAGUGGACUGGACCUCAUCAGACAAUGUGCUGGAUGGUGCCUCACUUGUGCCCAAGGACCCCCCCAAAGUCAAGAGGCGAGUCCGCAUCCCCGACAAGCCCAACUACAGCCUUAAUCUCUGGAGCAUCAUGAAGAACUGCAUCGGCCGGGAGCUCUCCAAGAUCCCCAUGCCAGUCAACUUCAACGAGCCCCUGUCCAUGCUCCAGCGGCUGACAGAGGACCUGGAGUACCACCACCUGCUGGACAAGGCGGUGCACUGCACCAGCUCCGUGGAGCAGAUGUGCCUGGUGGCCGCCUUCUCUGUGUCCUCCUACUCCACCACUGUGCACCGCAUCGCCAAGCCCUUCAACCCCAUGCUGGGGGAGACCUUCGAGCUGGACCGCCUCGAUGACAUGGGCCUGCGCUCCCUCUGCGAGCAGGUGAGCCACCAUCCUCCAUCAGCCGCACACUACGUGUUCUCCAAGAAUGGCUGGAGCCUCUGGCAGGAGAUCACCAUCUCCAGCAAGUUCCGGGGGAAAUAUCUCUCCAUCAUGCCGCUAGGUGCCAUCCACUUAGAAUUCCAGGCCAGUGGGAAUCACUACGUAUGGAGGAAAAGUACCUCUACUGUGCAUAACAUCAUUGUGGGCAAGCUCUGGAUCGACCAGACAGGGGACAUUGAGAUUGUGAACCAUAAGACCAAGGACCGGUGCCAGCUGAAGUUCUUGCCCUACAGCUACUUCUCCAAAGAGGUAGCCCGGAAGGUGACAGGCGUGGUGAGUGACGGCCAGGGCAAGGCCCACUACGUGCUGUCAGGCUCCUGGGACGAACAGAUAGAGUGCGCCAAGAUUGUACAAAGUAGCCCCAGCAGCCCCAGCCUGGAUGGGAAGCAGAAGACAGUGUACCAGACGCUGCCGGCCAAGCUACUAUGGAAGAAGUACCCACUGCCGGAGAAUGCGGAGAACAUGUACUACUUCUCGGAGCUGGCCCUGACCCUCAACGAGCACGAGGAGGGCGUGGCGCCCACCGACAGCCGCCUGCGGCCUGACCAGCGGCUUAUGGAGAAGGGGCACUGGGACGAGGCCAACACGGAGAAGCAGCGAUUGGAGGAGAAGCAGCGUAUGUCCAGGCGCCGGCGGCUGGAGGCCUGCUCGCGGGGCUGUGGCGCAGAGGAUGAGAAGGAGGCCGACAUGUACAUUCCGCUGUGGUUCGAGAAGAGGCUGGACCCGCUGACUGGGGAAACGGCCUGCAUGUACAAGGGCGGCUACUGGGAGGCCAAAGAGAAGCAGGACUGGCACAUGUGCCCCAACAUCUUCUGAGCACCACCCCUCCUACAAAUACAGGCGCCUGCACAGCCUGGUCCAUCUUUUCUUGAAUGCACUCAAUUUAAUACUUAACAGCAUCCCACUCCACCUUUUCCUUCCUUUUUUUUUUUUUUUUUUUUUUAAUAACACUUUUUGGGGCCCCCACCUUGGAAGGAGGAAGUGCUGACCCGGGUUCUCUCCAGCCUCCAGGUGCCCCGGGUCACCCGUGCCCCUUCAUUAUGGACUUGGGCCCUACUGGGACCCCAGCUCCCAGUUACCACAACUCAGGCAGGCUGGCUGGGGCCCUGGACUGCCCGCCCUUCUUCUGCCACCAGCUCCACCCAGGGAGGAACUGGCUUCUCUUGGGGAGCCUCAUUUGACUUUUUUAGAAAAACGAUCUCCUUUUCUUUCCAGCCGAGAUGUUUAGUAAAUAUUUUUUAGCACUUAGCAGACAACUUUCUAAGUGUCCUGGCAAGAGCCCCUUCUUUUUAAGACAUCAGGAAGCCAGAUAGACCCUUUUGAGUCCAGAGCAUUUUGUAGCUCAACAUAGCAAGGCCGCCCCCUAGGAGCCCAGGACCCCACAGAGAAGGGACUGGGAGGGGCCAUGGGCCCAGGAGAACACAAAUUAUCUCUAGCUCUACAGCCACUGUAGGGGAGGGGGAACAAUGAGGGCCCCCCACGUAGAUUUGAGGGCAAUAGCCCCUUGCCUAGCCUUGGCCAUGUAGGGGCUGUUCUCCAGCCUCAAAGAGGCCAGGAAGAGCUGGGGGCAGGAUCUGCAGGUGCUCCCCGCCCCAGAACCAGGCCCCAAAUCAGCAAUAAGAACCAACCCUCAGCUCUGCCUGGGCUGGUGCCCUGGACAUCAGAGACCCAGCAUCUGGCCUCGGCUUCAUCUCAGGGUGCUCAUCUC